AGCCCCGCGUUGUCUCUGGCGGAUAGAAACCAUUGCUAAGCUUCCUUUCACGAACCUAAACCAUCCUCCAACCUCGUCUUUUAGUUACCUACCCAUCUCAGUAGAUUGCGACAGCUCAUCCCAAUUACCGACUGCAGACAUUCUCUAUCGCAGCAUCCCAGUUGAUCUCAAUCUCAAAUUCUAACGAUGUCUCUCAAGGGUCCCUCUCCGCAACACCACGAUGGCUCUGGCCUGCGCAUCGGCAUUGUCCACGCUCGUUGGAACUCAACCAUCAUCGACCCUCUUGUGACCGGUGCCAAGGAGAAGCUCCUCGCAGCUGGUGUUAAGGAGUCCAAUAUUGUCAUCCAAUCUUGCCCUGGCUCCUGGGAGCUCCCCAUUGCCGUCCAGCGCCUGUUCUCCGCCUCUCAGAUCCAGGGUACCUCGACUGGCGGUCCUUCGGCAACCGAUCUUCUGGCUUCAUCCACUACCGAUCUCACCUCUCUUCCCGCCUCCUCUGGCGCCUUUGAUGCCAUCAUCGCUGUCGGCGUUCUAAUUAAGGGAGAGACCAUGCACUUUGAGUACAUUGCCGAGUCAACUUGCCAGGGCCUUAUGCGCGUGCAGCUCGACACUGGCGUUCCCGUCAUUCUUGGUGUCUUGACCGUUCUGACCGAGGACCAAGCGAAGGCUCGUGCCGGUGUCGACGGUAAGGGUCACAACCAUGGAGAGGAUUGGGGUCUGGCGGCUGUCGAGAUGGGUGUCAAGAGAAAGGAGUGGGCCAACGGCACCAUUGAUGGUUAGAACAGCAAUGUGCAUGACAAAUGAUAAAAUAUCACAUUUUGGACAAGGCGUGGAUAACCUUGGCGCUCGUCAACGGAUCGAUGAAAGCAUGACUUGGGCCACAGAUGAAUACCAUUCCGAAAAUGACCUCCCAAUUAGUCAAUUACCGCAUAAAGAUGUAUCUAUCAUGCGCCAGUCUCACUCCUAAUGAGCCAGUGCCUAUCAUAUCUUUCCCCACGACGCCCGGGUGAAAAGCACUUCUAGAAUAUACAAUUGUAUGUGGCUCUCCACUCGGCGGUUGAGCUAUUUCAACCCAUGGAUAUCCAGAUGCAAAAAUAGAGCAUAUAAACCAAUCUUACCUCCGUCUCUUUUGUAAUAAUUCCGCACUCACUAAUCCUUCGAACUAUAUCAUGGUUCCAAAAUCGCUUCCCAGUCCCUUCUUUGACUUCCACAUGCUACGCUUCUUGUCUCGCUUGGCCUUCAUCGCCUCCCACCCUUCCUCGUCAUCAUCAUCUGAACCGUCACCCGCGGAGCUUACCACGUUAAUAGUAGACUUGCCCUUGGGAUCAUCCCAGCGACCCAGCGCUCCAGACAUAGUGUUGGUGCGUCGGUGGGGGUCAGGGGCUGCUGCAGCCGGCAUUUGUGAUACUGGGCGAUAUCGGCCGGGAAGACCGAUGUUGCUUCGCUCAGAUGGCGCAAUUGACGGAGUGUAUCCCAUAGGGGGCAUGCCGUGAAUCGAACCAGCGUAUCCGCCAGGUGGUGGCAGGAAGGGAGCGCCUGAAGGUGGCGCCACCAUGCUCAUGGUACGCAUUCCGGCGUCCAUGCGGCGAGGAGGCUCUAAAGCUGGCUCAAGCAUCAUUGAGUGGCGAGAUGAGAGGUCAUUCAUAGACUGAGUGGCAGAAAGUCCUCCAUAAGGUUGCAUUGGUGGCAUCAUUCCGGGUUGCUGCUGCUGCUGGUUGUUGGUAGCCAUCAUUUGCAUAAACUGCAUCUGCAUCUGCAUGAACUGUGACAUCUGCUGGGUCAUUUGAAGCUGUGCCUGGUCUCCCACGGUGAGCUGUGGUGGCGCCAUGGGCAUAGGCAUCUGUUGUUGAGACAUGCCCAUACCUGGCAUAUUGUACAUGCCGCCCAUACCAUUCAUCACGCCUUGGGGCAUGUUGUCGAAAGGAGGUCCUUGAGGCCCAUUCAUGCCAGGGACGAACUUCUGGCCAUUUGCGUUAGGACCGCCGCGGCGCAUAGCUCUUGAGCGUUCCUCACUGGCGAUCACGCCAACCAACCCUCCAGGAGGCAGGGAUUGCUGAGACUCUGAAGCAGGAAGACCGCCGCUGAAAGUGAGCGACUCCCGCAUAGCAGGCUUUGCGAUACCUGCACCAACAAAAGGGUCCUGAGGAAGACCCCGGGCGAAUGCAGGUAGCAUCGAAUGGCGCUGGUUUUGACCGCUGCUCUCGCCCAUCGCCGAGCCGGGUCUUGGGGGCGCCAGCUGGGUUGAUGCUCGCAGGUUGGGGUUGGAGCCCAUGGUGCUGAGUCUAGCGGGUGGUCGGUUCUUGCUGGGGAAGCCGUGAGCUUGCAGAAUGGCCAAAGGAACCUCCUCGUCGUCAUCCUCGUCAGAAGCACCUGCCGGGGGUCCGGGAGAUGGUGUCUUCAUGAGGUGAAGUUGAGGUGCACUCAUCGAGCUAGCCAGCCCAGGCCUUUCAUGUGAUUGCAUAUCAGGCUGCUCUCCAGUGACUUUCAUCAUCUGCUGUCGAUAGACUGCCAUAUGAGCCUCCUGCUUUCUCCUCUGCUUUGCUUGCUGCUUGGACUUCUCAAUCUCGUCCUCAUCAUCAUCAUAAUUGAUUUCGUCGUCAUCGUCAUCGUUGGGGGUUGACUGCAUUACUCCAUCGCUCAAAUCGUGACGCUCUUUGUCUUUUCGGUACUUUUCGAACUGGGCUGGGGUCAUGACCUUAUUGUUUCGUGGUGGGCUAGGGGCUCGAGAAUUGAAACGGUUGGUGAUACGCGAAGAAUGAGCGGAAGUUCCUUCGAACAAAUUGUCGUCUCCUCUGUUGAAGCUGCUGUUGAGAGGCUUCCUCUCGAAUGAUGAGAAGGAAUCUUCGUUUCGUCGGUAACGGCCGGAAGGGGGGUUGGGGCUACUGGACUCGGAAAGCAACCUUCCGACUGCGAUGGAAUCCUGCAGUAACUUUGCAUCUUCAUCCUCAAUGAUAUCGGACGGCCGGUUCGACGUCUUGAAGGAACUCUGGUGGCGCGGAACAGGGGGUGGCACAUCAUCAAGCUCAGGGGUCCCAGGUUGAGAUCCGAGAAGAUUGUCGUCUUCGUUGCGGCUGUGCCACGACUCAGGGCCAGGCUCAACCUUGGUGAUCUUGUUGAUACUCAAAGGGGGCGGCUGGAUGGGUCGGUUGCUGGUAAGUGAGCGAGGAGCCGCGGACCCGUCAGCCCUCAUGGUGGCGACGCUCGCUCUCUUAUCGAAGGAGGAGAACAUGGAGCUGAAAUCACCUCCCAUAUCCAUGCCCCCAUUCUCCAUCUCUAACUUUGGCGGUGUAGCAGUGCUGGUUGUAGAUUCAGUCAAGCCUCUAGAUCUUCCACCAAAAGCAUCCUGUUGAAUGGCUGGAACGGGAGGGAUGUCGUUGUUGUCAAUCUUUGGGGAAGACGCGUUGUGUUUUUUCUGGACCCCAAAAGAAAAUGUUCGACCCGCUCGGUUCAGAAAUCCGGACCCGCUGGAUUUUACUCCAGGUCGAGGAGCGAUCUCGUGCAAGUUCUUCUUCUGUGAAUGGGAAUGUUUGGGAUCGUCCUGACCCUCGAGAUUCGUAGAAGACGGAGUAGUCGAGGCAUUGCUGUGCCUUGAUGAGGUAUCAGUUGAUGUGGCUUUGGUCGUAUUAGAGGCCCCACUUCCCCUGGAAAGGAGUCAGCGCCAUGGUGCAUGACUUAGGUUGUGUUAUUUUUAUCUUUCCAGAACCAACGGCAGUCGUGCAACAUUCCUUGGCGAGUCACACAGGCAGAGGAGGGAGGAGGCGGGGGAUCGAGGGGAAAACUCACCUGUUGCCACUCUUGAGGUCGGCAAACAUGUUAUCUUCAGUGUCGAGUUCCAGACGACUAGGCUUAGGAAUGUGAUGACCAGAGUUCCUGGCCAUUCUGGCGCCUCCGUCAAAUGAUUUGCCGAGCGCAGGGUCGGUGCGCUCAAUAACUCGGAAUGACGAUUGCUCUGGUGUUACUGACGCAUGCUGAAAAUCCUCCGAGGUUGCGGUUGACUUCCGCCUGUUAAACGCAACACCGAAUCUAGGCAUGUAGAAGGUAUAAUAAUAGAAUAUCGGUUUGGGAUUAGAUACAACCCAUGAAAGAGACUCGGAACGGUCCGAGCUGAGCUGAAGUUAUUGGUACUGCUUUAUUGAUCGAUAUACGGCGGCGUUUUGGGCCAGGUAAUAUGAAAUCGAAACGAAGAUAUGGAACAAAGAUUGCAGGUCGUGCGUUGAUGCGGCGUUUGAUAACGAUAGCGAGGGUAUUCGAACCGAACCGUGUCAAGCAAACAAGAUGCGUAUGAUAGACGCGGAUAACUGCAUGAUUGAGGGAUCGCCGGUCAGCUGGUGUUGGUGACAAAUGAUGUACUGAAGGUUGUCGCAAUUGUUGAGGGCACCGCACGUAAAGGAAUUGAGCGGGAAAGAUAGCAACAGAGCAGCAGCAAUAAGCAGUGCAAUACGGCCGUGGGUAUACAGAAUCGGGGACAAGAGGCUUUAUCGGAAUGAAGAGAGUCGAGACAAGUUCCAGAGAAGAAACAUAUAAUCCGGGUGGUUGGAGGCAUGUGUCAUUGAUCCAAGGCAAAGAGAGUUGAGACUCACAUUAUGAUCUCCAGAAACGAAGGACGGUUUGUAUUAGGAGUAAAAAGUGGCUGGUUAAAGCCGGAACAAGACGGUCGGGGCAAAGGCGAGAGCGAGAGUGAAAGUAUGUAUGUAUAGAAAGUAAGACGAUAGAGGCUCAGUCUUAGUCGUCUCGUAUCGUCUCAAAGUCUCUCUCUUCGAUGGGCAAAGACAGACUGAUAGAACGAGACUUGACAGGCGGCUAACGUCAACGACAGAAACGCAGCAGUAAAAAAGUUAGGAAGCGGAGAUGAUUAGGGGGGGGGAAGAAGCGAGUGGUGGUGGUGAGGUUUGAACGAGAGAAAGAUGGCGAACGAGCAGAAGCGAGUCCAGACUAGACCAGACCUGACCAAUUCAGUGGUGGCCCGACAGGCUACAUAGAUAGGUACAGGCUACAGUACAAACAGCGCCAGUCAGUACAGUUCAUGGAUCCAAUUCAAUCCAAUCGACAUGGAUAUUUAGGGUCAUGGAUAAGUGAACGGCCAAGCAC